CUCCCGGGGCUGCCGGAGCUCGGCGUUAACCGGUGGCAGGAGCCUUUCCCGACGCCUCUCACCCAAGAGAAAGAAAAUCUUUAAGUGGAAUGCCAAGACUAGGGAGCUUUUCUGGGCAGCAGACUGAAUGAAAAGUUUCCCUUUCAAACAUGUCAUAUAUGUAAAUACAUGUACAGAGAGGGGUAGCGAGUAAUGAGCUAUCUUUGGUGUAUUCAGAUAAUUCCGCAGUCGAGGAACAGCUAAAGAUGGGUAGAAACUAAGCUGGAUGAUAGAAGAAACAUUCAAUUAAUUUGCUCUUAGUUCUGGGGAAAAAAAAAAAAAAGAAAAAAAGCUUACAUGUGCAGGUUAUUUAGUACAGGCUUGAUCCUGUGGCCCAUGCGAGUAUCGUGGGAGUUGCUCUCACCAGGUGCGUGUGCCCGUGGAGCACCCUCCUGGGGAGGGGGCCGCACGGGAGAAGAGGGUAGAAACAGAGAAGUCUGGUUUUGCCCGUCCUGGGGUCUGAAGGCACCAAGGUGUGAAGGCGGUUUGGGUAUUAAAGUGGACUUUUUUCGCAGAACAACCCGUAACAAGCAAAGGACAGGCUGGAGGCGGGAGGCUCCCGCGUUGGCGCUCGGACUGAAUGCCAGGGCUGCAAAUGAGCCAGCUUGCUAGAGGCUGGAGAUGAACUGAAAAAGGAAAAACGGGUCUUCCCGUGUUUCACCAAAUACGUACACACUGCGUUGCCAGUGAUAACACCGGUAACUGUUCCCUUCUGUGUUGCUAAUCUUACCGCACUGGUGAUGCUGUAGAAGAUUUGCCAGCUCUCAUGCGUCAUCGUGAGUUGCCUGGUGGCUGAUAUAUUUUCUUAAAACCCUAGCUUCUGGACUCGGAUGGCUCAAAUAAAAACGCCACCUUUUUUUAUUAAUAAAAUCAAAUUUCUAGCUCUCCGCUGGUGGAAAAAAGCGUAGGAACAAGAUCCAAGGUUAAUAAAGCUAAAAAUAAAAAAGAAGCAUUGAAAAUAUUCCGUUUUUUUAAUUCAAGACUUGUAAAUAAUUUUCAUUGUAUUUUGCUGGUUAACUCAUUAUACUGACAUUUAAAAACCCCUCCGAAUCCAGGUCUGAUCCCUUAACAAUUAUUCAUCAGUGUAAAAGGGCGGAACUCUCAACAAAAUGCAGAAAAGAUUGAAAUGUUCAGUAAAUAAUCCAGCUACAUACUAGGCAGAGCACAGGAUGGAGUAUGCAUAUCUCAGAGGGGUGAUGACAUACUUUGCAUUCCAAAAAUAACAGAGAGGGUGGUAAACAGAAUCUCUUAACUUGACAGAUUUUAAUAUCCGUAGGUAUGGCUCAUUUAUAUCUGAUACUCUUAAGAGAGACGGCCAAGAAAAAUAAUUUUAUUAAGUCUUGGGAUAGCAGAAAUAUGGAGAUAAUUGGGGGAAAAAAAAUAUCAGUUCUCUGCCAAUUUUAGAAGCAGGUAGAUCAGACGACCUGAUGAUGAUAGAUCUGUCAGUUUGGCUUUGCUCCCAGAUGGAAUGAGAGCAGAGUAGAUAGAGGUUUCGACUAAUAAAGUAUUAAAGAAGCCUAGUGAUGAUGAUGAUGAUGAUAAUAAUAAUAAUAAAUACCAAUCAACAUGUGAUUAUGAAAAGUGAUUCCUGUCGAACUAAUUUAUAUUUCUAAAAGAAGAUCACAAGUUUUACUGAUAAGAUAAAAGUAUUUUGUUGCUUCUCUAAGUGACUGUCUGGCUAGAAAAUCACUUUGAUUAAAAAGGUAGAAGAAUGUGAACCCAAUCUGGUUCGCAUUGGGAAAAAUCCAGCACACUUAUCUUAAAAUAACUAAAAGGGGAACCAUCCUUGAGCAAUUCCUUUCAAGAAGGGUUCUGCAGGCAUUGGGUGCUGCCUUAAACCGCUUGAUGUGUUGUUUUGUUUUCAACCAUGUUUAAGCCAUGCCCCUGGUAAGAUCCCGAGGGACGAAGUUCGCAGCUGACGCGGCGGUUGGAAAAGUGGUCGGACAGGAGGAGAACGGCUGGCUAGCACCGAGCAAACUGUGGCACCUGUCCCACUAGCUGUCACUGCAAGACACCUGCCACCUGCAUGGCCCGCGUGUGUACGUGUCAAAAAGCUUGCCAGCAUCUCUGGACUAACUUUUCGUGUGUUGUGAAUCACAUGAAUUUCGUGUGUUGUGAAUCACAUGAAUUUCGUGUGUUGUGAAUCCUGCCUGCAGGGAGUAACGCCGUGGCGGGUCAGACUUGGAGCAUCAGUGACUGCAUUAUGAAAACGGAACAAAGAAACGAGAAGGAACUGGUCUUGGAAGAGUUUUGAGGUGCCACCACUGCCUUCCAGCUGCAGUGACGUUCUGUUGGGCUCCGGGGGAGUGAAUGUCCAUCGGGCAUCAUCUUCAUCUCUUCAGCCCAAGCCACCCCCAAGCCGUUCUUCCUGGGGGCAGCCCCGUGCCCCAUGACUGGAGGAACAGCAAGAGCUGCCCCGGAGUCACUCUCUUCAUUCCUGUUUAUCCACCGGUUUGCAUUCUUCCUCUGCUGGCUGUGCGUUUAAUCUGUGAAUAAUCGUUUUUUUAUGACUGUUAUUCAGCACCUAUGUACUUUUGCUGGAAGGAGGGUGGAGGAGAGCAGGGUGGGGAGGUUUUCAGUUAACGAAACUGUUAUUAUUUGCUGACAAGAUCAGUGAGUAUCUCAGGAAGAGGGAAUUUGAUCUCCUUCCAAGUAACUAAACAGGAAUUUGCACUGCAGAAUAAGUGUGAAUAUGUGUAUUCCAGGGAAAAAAAAAAAAAAAAAAAAAAAAAAAAAAAAGAGCAUUUGCAGUUGCAUUUCCUAGGGAUUUCAACAUCUGUGAGAAAAAACAUCAGUGACCACACAGUGUCCACAUUCUCUAUGACGACUCGAUUAUUUUAGCUCCGGGCCAGCGGAGCAGUACAUGAACACACCCUCCUGCUAGACCUACUUCACGUGAACUCCACCACCUGGCAGCCCCUCUCCGGCGCUUCAGAUAUUCCUGAAGCUUCAUCCAGCCUGGGGAAGUUGACUUUCAAGGGAGAUCAUCUCACCAGGAGGAGGCCUGAAGGAAAGGCGAGUUGCAGGGAAGCAAGAGCUUGGAGCUAAGCCUCGACCUCCCUCUCAGCACACUCCACCGGUGCUUCAGCUUCUCCCGAACUUGCAUCUUUUCCUCAGCUUUUCCCUGCCUGUAGUUUCAAGCAACCUCCUUAGCAAACCCUGCAGCGUUUUCCGGGGAAUUAAACAUGAUUGUGAGAGAGGAUUAAGCUGUGAGAGGAACUAAAGAAACCUCCAGUGCUGCCUGUCGAUGCUUCAUUUCAGGUGAUAAGGAAUGAGUGUGAUGAUGACCUGGUUUCUGCUGCUACUUCUCCUGAUCAGCUUUGGCUCUCCUGCACCCAGGUUUUCGGAAAAAGAUAUCUGCCUCCUAGACAACAAUAAAUUAAGACAAAGGUUAAAACAUCUCCAAGACUUGCUUUACUUAUAUGAACUGCAGCUGAAGGACAUCCUGGAGAACACUUACCACAGAACAAAAAGUGGGCUGUUCUCAGGCAACAGGAGUGUGCAGCAUGAGACGCUCUUGCCCACAACCAGUGGAAAUUUGAUAGUCUAUGACCAAGACUGCUCCGCAGUGUAUAAUCGGAAGAAGACCCAACCCGGCUACUACCGGAUCAGGCCCCGGGCAGACCGUGAGCCCUUCCUGGCGUACUGUGACAUGUCUGACGGCGGCGGGUGGACCGUCAUUCAGCGGCGGAGUCACGGCAGGGAGAAUUUCAACAGGAAAUGGGAUGAUUACAAACUGGGAUUUGGAAAAUUCCAGGGCAAGAAUGAUGAAUACUGGCUGGGCAAUGACCACAUCUAUGACCUGCUCGCUAGAGGAGAGAGCUCACUAAAGAUUGACCUGAUGGACUGGCAUGGGGAAAGACGUUAUGCAAUCUAUGAAAACUUCCAGCUUGCAAAUGAGCAGGAAAAUUACAGGUUAUGGUUUGGCACCUAUUCUGGCAACGCUGGCGACGCUCUGUCUGGUGGGAGCAGUUUUGAAGAUCAGUGGUCAGCCUCUCACAGAGGGAUGCAGUUCACCACAUCUGAUAAGGAUCACGAUCGAUUCCUGGCAGGCAACUGUGCAUCAGAGAACAAGGGCGGCUGGUGGUUUAACAGGUGCCAUGCCGUUAACCUCAACGGACAAUACUACAGAACAGGAAGGUACAAUGGAUCCCACGACAGUGGCAUAGUUUGGUCUACAUGGCACGGGAUGUGGUACUCGCUAAAAUACUCGGCCAUGAAAAUCAGGGCUCCAUUCUUUGUUGACAGCGAAAGCGGAGACGGUGAGAACAGUUAGGGCAGCUGAAACCUGCUGCUUCGGAAAGAAAAAAGCACAGGCUGAAGAGAAUUGUGUAAGUUAACAGCCAGCCCCCUGCUGCUGCCAAUCGCCAAUCCUGCACUGCGAUAAUUGGAGUUGCACCUGUUUCUACUAGCUGAAGCUAAUGUGAUAAGUUGUUUGAGCGCAGCCAGCCAACAAUUUAAUGGAAAACAUAUGGAUGUCAGUCAUGGAAUAACCAGUUUUCUUCCUCUGCAAUUUUCAGGACUUCACUGGAGAGCGUUUAUGAAUCAUAAAGCUCUCUGGAGCUUGAAUGACCAAGCAUGUUCCUUUAGCCUCCCUGUACUCUUCAAGGGCUGAAUCUUCCUCAUCUUGAUUUUACGCGUCAGUGCUUCAGUUAAGAGAACACAGGAAUAGAAACAACAAGGCGAUGGGGAACGGGACGUCCCCCGGUGUGCCUUCGUCAGUGCUUUGCUCUGGAUCAGGAGGACACUUUAAAGCAUCCCUCCCCGUGGUCCCCAGCUGCCACACGUCAGCCGCAGGAUGCUCCCGCAGCGCGUGACGCCGCAUCGGCGGCCGGCCGUUCCCCAGCUGCGCACAGGCACCCAGACCGGGGCUCCUUCAGGGUGAACCCCCGCAGCGUGGACACUGUGGACACUGGGUUUCGUCGCCAAGAGCUUCCCGCUGCGGGCACGCCGCGACACACGAACGCAGCCGGAGACAACGCUGCUGCUGGCCAGACGCGCGCCCCGGGCUGAAAUCAGGCAGAUUUUACUGAACUCGAGCGCAGAUAUUCUCACGAGUUCGCAAAAUGCGGUCACGGUUCGUUCGUAUGUCCUCGUGUAA